AUUAUUCCUCUUCUUUUUUCAUCUGCAACUGCCGUUGCUGCUCCGACUCGUACAGUUUUGCCAGGCCGCGCGUCGUGUCAUACGUGUGGGGUGCUGCUGGUUUAGCCUUUUGGAACGGCUUCCGUCCCAGUUUCCCCAACAACAGCAACAACAGCGCCGUUUGGCAUGCACCCACAACAGCAGCAGCCACACGCGACACCGACGCUUUUUCCUCGCCUUCACUUCUGUCCUAAUAGUUUCCCAACAAGAACAACAAUACAGUAACAACAACGCCACUUGGCAUGCACCCGUGUUGACUACCCUAGCAGCAGCCGGACGCGACACGGACGCAUUCGUUGCCAAGCUGGACGGCGCUAACGGGACCCACGUGUGGGGCUGGCAGGGGGGCUCCGAGGUUGGGAACGACUACGCCAACGCCGUAGCGGUGGACUCCAACGGAGACGUGUACGCCUGCGGGGCGGCCCCGCGGGGUAUGUUCGCGGACGAGAAGGGGGGGGGGGGUGCAACGCCGCCCCGCGAGGAGGCGGGAGGCGGGGCGCGGGGGGGGGCUGGGUCCGGGGAUGGGUGGAACAAGGACGUGUGGGCACCACCCAACAGCCAAGGGGGUGACGCGGUGGUGUCGGACAUGUUCGUGGCGAAGCUUGACGGAGAGUCCGGUGGUUUGGUCUGGGGGGAACAGUUCGGCUCGGGUGCAGACGACCAGGCCGUCGGUCUUGUGCUAGGGCCCGUGUCCUCCGCUGCCGCUGACGCCGUUGGAUCGCUGGAGCAGGAGCAAGGCGGGGGCAGCCCCUUGUACUUGACGGGAUGGACACGAGGCGCCCUGUUCUCGAAACAGCCGGCGCGUUGGCAGGACGGGUGGGCCGUCAAACUCCCCAACCCCCCACCGUCAACGCUCGGGGUUGCCGACGCCGGUGCCUGGGAAGAGCCUUUGCCGGUGCCGAUCGGCUCGGGGGCGGCGGAGGCCCAGCAAGCGGCGGCGGAACGGGGAGCGGUGACGGCCGGCCUUGUCGGGACGGUGACGGGGAUGCUGGUGGUGGUGUCCAUAUGCCUCUACUUCGUGCUUCGUAAGGCGAACAUGGCGGGCGGAGCGCUGUCGGCACUGAAAGAUCCGGACCCGACCAAGGGCAUGUUUCGAAGACGCGGCCGCCCCAUGCUCCACGACGGCGGAGGGAAAGGGGUGGGAGGUGCCGGAAAAGCUCAGGAUGGUGUGGAGCUGACACUGCUUUCCGAGGGAGGGGAUGGCGGACGCUCAUCCCCGCUCGCUAGCCGCAGUGGUAGCGGGGGCGGGAGCGGGGGCUCGGGGGCUAUUGGCGGAAAGAGAGAUACCAACCCGCCGCCUAGCGGGCAACAGGCAACCUUUUAUCUUUGAUGGCUUUUUUUUUCUUCUUGUCUCACGCCGUUGUUCCCCUACAUGCACCUUGGUUGACUUGGUGAAAAACGUUUUCGGUAUUGGUGGGAGUAACCGUGAUUGAGAUGGAUAGUUUUUCUUUGGUGUACCAUCUCUUUUAUGCGAGACUUGACGUCACGCAACAUGAUUGACGAAUCCGGGCGAGGGCACCACUCAAAACGAGAGAGCCAGGGAGACCGAAUUCCACGGGAAUAGAGGAAGGUCUUGGAAGUACAGUAGCUGACCCUGGUAUUUUGUGCAGCCUUUCGUCCCGUGUAUUAAUAUGAGUACAAUACUGCAACAGGAUUACUAUAACUAAGGUGUGCGUCGGCACGUGAAAGAGAAAAGGGGUCUUGUCCCACCGCGAGCCGCCUUGCGAAAUCGGACGACGUUCGUCGCUAGCCCGUACCAUAUUUUUUUACGAUCAGCGCGCGGGUCUGCCCCCUGCCCCAGCACAAGGUAUGUAUAGUCUAGUCCCUUCGGGCGCGGUGGUGGUGGUGUGAUGGUACGGCGGCGGGUGUUCAAAGUUUUCCCCUUGUUCUCGUCGAACAAAUAGCGUGUAUUUGUGAUUUCUCGGAAGACGAAGGCUGGUCGGCGCAUCUGCGGUAGUAUCUCCGUAGAUCCCACCCGAUAAAGUUUUUAAGGUUUCUCCUAGUUUUGAGGCUUGUCCUUGCUAGACGAGAGGGAAGGGAAUUACUCCACUCCCUAAAUAGUCGAAACUGUUUUCGUAUCGACCAGCUGCAUUUGUAGCGAGAUUUUUCUUCCUGUGUAUCUAGCUAGAUACGAUGCUGCUGCUCCACCAAUGGGCGGAGUUACCCUUUUGGCUCUCGUGGCAAAGGGGAGAGUCUAUGAUGCAGAAUGAAGCAAGCCCAUUGGACGGGGGUUUUCUCUGUGGCCGAGGUCAGUAGGGUGUUUGCUGGCUCUUGUGUGACCUGCGAGGCGUGUCUCGUUGCCUGCUUGGUAUAUUGUGAGUCUCGUUAGGCGGUGGGCGGUGCAGAAGAGCGUACGACACUAUUUAGUACCACUUGUAUAUUUUUUUCUGGACGUACGUGAGAUUUUCCACGUUGUUUCGGCAGUCAGUGUCGAAACUUCUAGAUGAAUGAAAUACCUAGUCAGUUUAGCAGCAGUUAUUUUGUAUGUCCGUGUUGUAGUGGGCCUGCUCUUGUCUUGCAACUUUUUACACGGUUUGCCCCUUUCUCUGCUAAUAGCGCAUUUCCCCCGAUGUGUUCCACCCCGAACGCUGACCAUUUGCUGAGAGA